AUGCCAGAGUUCCAGCUUCUGGCUGGACACUUUGGGACCCUUAAGAAAACUAUCCAAGGGAUGCCAUCAGAUGCGACGCUUCAUAGCAUCAUGCUGAAGAUCUCCCAGCAAUUCCCGUCCGGCAUUUUCUACAUUAAUAUGUGGCCCUUCAGCGGGACUUGGAUGAUUGUUUCGACUCCCUCGGCUGCAAGCCAAAUCCAGAAGUUGAAUCUGAGCAAGCCGGCCAUCCUGCGUCGACCCCUGGAGAUGGUGACAGGAGGACCCAGCAUGAUGAGCAUGCAUGGCGAGACUUGGAAGAAGUGGCGGGCGCUGUUCAAUCCAGGAUUUAAUCCAGCCUACAUUAUUGGCCUGGCGCCAAAUAUCAGCGAUGAAGUGGCCAUCUUCUGCGCUCAAUUGCGCAAAAUAGCCCAACAAGGCGAGGUGUUUCCUCUCGAAUCGCUCACCACCCGAUUAACGGUGGAUUCCAUUUGCUCGGUAGUGCUAGACACUCAAUUACACCACCAAAUCAAGGAUCACCCACUCGCCACGGCCCUGCAGCGACAGAUCGAUUGGACCUCCUUUGGUACUACGUUUAACCCAUUCAAGCGUUAUUUGACCAUUAGGCCGUUGGUGCUAUGGUAUAAUAACAAGUUUAUGGACCGAAUUAUAGACGGCGAAGUGGAUCGUGCCUACUGCACUCCACCAGGUCAUCCCUCCAAAUCUGUGAUUUCACUAGCUCUACGAGAAUAUCUCCAGGAGCAAGCCAGCAACAACAGCACUCGGUCCCUUGCGGAAUUCAAGCGACUGGUGGCUCCUCAGCUGCGCGUUUUUCUUUUCGCCGGCCGCAACACCACAAGUAGCACUCUGAUAUACACCUACUACCUACUCGCUCAGCACCCCGAGGCCCUGGCGAAGAUACGUGCUGAACAUGGAGACGUGCUGGGUGCGGAUCCAGCAGAAGCUCAGGGCCGUAUCAAGGAAGAUGUUCAAUUACUAAACAAGCUUCCCUACACAACGGCCGUGAUCAAAGAAACGUUGCGGCUCUUCCCUCCAUCGGCAUCAAUGCGGGAGGGCCGACCUGACGCUGAAAUCAUUGGAGAAGACGGUCAACGAUAUCCCACAGUGGGGUGCAACGUCUGGACGCUCACGGUGGCUCUUCACCAUAAUAGUGACUACUGGGACCAAGUGGAAAACUUCAUUCCGGAGCGAUGGUUGGUGGGCCCCGAAGAUCCCCUAUAUCCGGUUAAAGGUGCCUGGAGAGCGUUUGAAUUUGGGCCGCGGAGCUGUAUUGGCCAGACAUUGGCGAUGUUGGAGCUUCGGAUUGCCCUGGCCAUGACUAUCCGUCAGUUCGAUAUUACGCCAGCAUACGAUGAGUGGGACAGCAUUCACCCGGCCACUACUGCCAGAGAAGUUAAUGGGCAUCGUGCCUACCAGGCGGAGAGAGGCGCUGGGGGCGCUCACCCUGCCGACGGGUUUCCAUGUCGUGUCAAGGAACGAUGUUGA